AUGACUAUGCUAGCUAAUUUUAUUGUUGUUGCUGACCAAUUGGUUCAAUUUCAAUCUUCCUAUCAGGAACUUCCUAUUGUGGACAAAUCCAUUACCUACUUAGAAACCUCUAAGGAGGAAUUAAAGAUAAUUUGGUCAAAUAUUAAAUCAUGCUAUAGUGCUUGUGUAGCAGAAGAUGAUCAGGAAAACAUAGAAUCUAUUAAAGCUAAAUAUAGGACUUCGUCAAAUACAUAUAUAACUAUUCUAAGUGAAAUUAUAGACGAAUGCAACAAAUUGAAACUGAUCAAAGAAGACGAGGAAAAACUAAGGUUGAAUGCGAUUUCAAAUAACAAUAAUCCGUGUAUAAAAGUUCCGCCUUGUGACACAGAGAUUUUCUUUGGAGAUUAUCUGACUUGGCCCUCGUUUCGUGACAUGUUCACUGCGGUAUAUAUAAACCAUCCGAAACUUUGCGCGGUUCAAAAACUCUUUCAUCUCCGUGCCAAGACAAAAGGCGAAGCUUAUAGUAUAGUUUCGAAAUUUCCCCUUACAGAAGAAAAUUUUGAAUUGGCCUGGAAGGCACUUUCUGAUCAAUAUGAAAAUCGCAGAAUCUUAGUAAACAAUCAAAUAAAAACUCUUUUUAACCUUCCUGUUUUAACAGCUGAAUCUGGCAAAGAUAUAAGGGAUUUACAAAGGAAUAUUAAUGACUGCUUGUCGAUUUUAAAGGCCCAUCAUCUGUCGAUAGACUCUUGGGACCCUAUUCUGGUUUACCUCUGCUCAAAUCGACUUCCUGAAAGUACACUUUCUUUAUGGGAGCAGGUAAUUAAAAGUCCACGUGAUAUUCCCAAGUGGGAUGAGAUGGAUACUUUCCUUACUAAUAGGUACAGGGCACUAGAAACCGUAUCCGAUCUUAAGUUUUCUUCAAAACCUAAAGCCCAAACUUACAAACCGCAAUCUUCUCAGCUUAAUCAAAAACAAAGGCAUAAGGCUUUUCAUACAAAAAUUUAUAACUUUAGCUGCAAAUUGUGCCAAGAUUCUCACCCUCUUCGACUGUGUCCUAAGUUUUUAGAAAUGAAUGUAGAUGAAAGGAUUUCUAAAGUUGUCGCUUUAAAAUUUUGCCAAAAUUGUUUAUCGCCUUCUCACGAAGUUAAAACUUGUAAAAGCAAUUAUCAUUGCACAGUGUGUAAAAAGAGGCAUCAUUCACUCUUACACAACUCACAUGUUCAAACUCAGUCCGUUUUAUCAACUUCUACCCCCGAAUUUAAACCACAACCAAUACAGUCUACUGCACCUAUCAGUUCUCAUCAAGUUAAUUCUAGUUUUGCUCAAAACAAUCAACGAAUCCUUUUGGCCACAGCCUUGAUUAAUAUCUUUCAUUUAGGAAAUACGCACACUUUACGAGCGCUUAUUGAUAGUGGCUCAGAAGUAACAUUAUUAUCUGAAGAGACUCAACGAAAAUUAAGAUUGCCAAUAAAACCAAUUCAAGCACAGAUUACAGGUAUGAGUACCGUUGUUACUGCACAUUCUACAAAACUGUGCACCCUCUGCAUCGGGUCUAAGUAUAUACCAUCUUUUACAUUAAGUGCAAACGCAAUUGUAUUGGAAAAACUAACCGAUGAUUUGCCCUCGUGUUUAAUACUUCCUGAAGAAGUUACAGAUCCUCUUGAUUUCAAUCUUGCAGAUCCAUAUUUUUAUGAGAGCUCUAAGAUAGAUAUAGUCAUAGGUUCUGACUUAUACCCUUCAAUUAUUAGCGAAGGUGUCAAACGUGACAUUUUCGGAUCACUUAUUGCUCAGAAUACCAUAUUUGGCUGGGUACUUUCCGGUCCACUUAGGCACGAAAGAUUCAAAUGCAAUACAACUAUUCUAUCUCAUUUUUAUGAAACUUCAAUCGAUGAACAAAUCUCAAAAUUUUGGGAGAUCGAAGAGAUUCCUGACAAACCAAUUCCUUCUCAUGAAGAUGAAAUUUGCGAACGUUUGUAUUCUGAGACAACAACCAGAAACUCUGAAGGUCGUUAUAUUGUACGCCUUCCAUUUAAAAACUCAAUUUCAACCCUCGGACAUUCAAGAAACAUUGCUCUAAAGCAAUUUAUUCGCAUGGAAAAUUCGUUAAAAAAAAAAUCCAGAGUUUCAUGGAAAAUAUAA